UGUAGCAGGAAAGCUCAGCUACCAUGUACUGUGAAAGGUAACCGCUGCACGCCAGUUUAUUUUCCAUUCAUUCUAGAGGCUGUAUUGCACAUCGUUUUCAAUGCAAUUUACAAAUAUCUAAAGAUACUUGUAAAUAACAAUUGGUUCUGAAAGAAGGUAUAAUCUUUAAAAGUAGGUUGUGAAUUGGUUCAAACUAUAUAGAAGUGGAAAAGACAAUGGUGAAAUUUCAGUCUAGUAAAAAACAAUUUCUUUUUACAUUUACUAAGAACUUUCUUGGAAUUUCUUUAUGGAUACCAGCUUUACUGUUCAUUGAGCAACACGUUUUCAGUAUUGGAAGCAUCGAUGGAAGGUCUAUGAAACCCACACUGAACCCGGAAACCAAUUAUUUAAAACGUGACAAAGUACUUAUCUGGAAAUGGAAUAGGAAUUUUCAUAGAGGUGAUGUUGUCAUAUUAAGGUCUCCAGAAGAUCCCCAAAAGCUCCUUGUUAAGCGUGUACUUGCCAUUGAAAAUGAUCUAGUAAAAACACGACCACCGAAAAGUACAAGAUUUGUACCUGUUCCAGAAGGGCAUGUUUGGGUUGAAGGAGACGAACAGUUUCAUUCGAUAGAUAGUAAUCAAUUUGGCCCAGUUUCCGCUGGUCUGAUUACCGCGAAAAUCAUAGCUAUUAUUUUUCCAUUUUCCCGAAUGAGACGCAUCUCUGACGAUGACAUGCGAAAAGAUGUUUUAAUCAGAAGUACAAAUUCUUGAUUAAUGGAGCUAAAUUCCUUAUGUUUCGCUCAUUUUCCUCUGUCUUUUUUGAGUUCAUUGAUGACAUGAAUGUAAAACAACAGGCGACGUAUUUUAAUGGUCAAUGAGUUUUUAAAAAAUAAAAUAAAAUCUACUAUGCAAUAUAUAUCCCGACGCUUACUUUCUGUGAAGUCUUUGUUUUUACUCUUGGAUUUGCAUAUUGUAUAUUACUCUACAUUCUUAUUGAGUUUCAAUAAGGUGAAGCAAAUUCUGUACAGUUAGACUUCUCUUCAUGAUUAGAAUUGUCUUGCCGAACUUUCCUAUACUUGAAAAUCAUACCGAGAACAAGGACCAUUAAACGGUUCAUUCGACAUAACUGGAUCUUGAUAGUACAAAAUGAGCAUGAAGUGUACAUACACGGCUACGAAUAUCGUACAAAAUUAUGUGCUUAUGGAAGAGUGCUUUGUUUUGUUAAUUUGUUUGCUUUACAUAAAUAAAGGAGUACAAGAACUGUCUACAAGUACCUUAAAUGCCCGUUCAUUCUCUACAAGUAUAACAUUAGCGAUUUUCUUGAGCUUGUGUCACGGUGAAUGAACUUGAUAGGUGUUUGUUGCCUAGGUAUGUUCUACAUUGAUGGGGGUUCUAAUGAAUCCUAAAACAUUGUACAGGACUGAUAAAAUGUAAAUAUAUUUUGAUAUAAACAACUUCUCUCAUCAAUCGGAAGCGUUUCCUUCGAGGGUGAUUCAAUUUAACAGUGCGUUUCUAUCUUUAGUAAUAAACUAACUUUUCAUUCAUAUCAUCACAUCGGUUCAAAGGAAUGCACUUGGAGCAAGCUCUGACAAAUCAGUAAAUAAUUCAAAAGUUCAAGCUCUGGUUUGAGUUUAACAGGACUUUAUUCUUUCCCUACAAUAAAUAGAUUGUGAAAAUACUUGAGUAGUGAAAUCUUUCAACUACCUUGACAUCGAACUUAUAAGCCAA